AUGACGGAGCCCUCAGCGCGCCAGGGACCCCCGUCCCACCCUGACGACAUCGCCAACACCAACGACAACGACCACAUCCAACACCGUGUACGGUUUGCUGAGGAGGGCCCAGAACCUGUCAUCUACCAGCACAACCCAAGACGACUCCAAGAUGACGAGCCUUCGCCGCCACCAGGUCCGGCUGUGUUUUGGGAUGAGAACGAAAGCAUCGCUCCAGCUCGGAACCAAGAUCGGAACAGCAUCGCGAACACGGCCGAUACAGCAAACCUAGCUCAGUAUACCUUCUACCGCGAGCCCACACCUCCGCCAUACAGGCCGGAUGAGAAGGGGUAUGGGAAUGAUGCCGCCAGCGGCAGGAUAGCUCUGGCAUCCAGCGCCGGAGGAAUUCCCGAAAGCGAACGCCGGCUUCAUCUUCAACCCGAGAGGAGCAACUGUAGCGAUGACGAGACAAUGAGCCCAGUCGCCAGGAGAAAGCUUCUCUGGAUUAUCAUCGCGGUUGCAAUCGUGAUUAUGAUCGGCGUUGCCGUGGGCGUGGGCGUUGGCGUUGGCGUAACAAUGGCUCGCAAGUCUGCGGAAGCUCAGGAACAGGCCGAGUCCUCCACCACGCCGCCAGUCUCGGUGAUAGGCUCCAGUCCCACGCCAACACCGUCAGCAACACUCGAUCCUGACCCCUCCGUUACAUCGUCGACAUCUUCAGACGCACACACUUCUUCAACAGUCUCUUCCUCUACGCUCACUGUCCCUUACCGACCGCCAAACCCUCAUUCUGACUGCCCUGCGGCAAACAACACCAUGUAUCAAGUCCCGGGCUCCCACAAACGCUUCCUUCGCCUCUGCGGCAUCGACUACCACGGAAGCACUUCUUCUCGUGAUCUAACCCACAUGUACACGGUCUCCAUGGCGGAUUGCAUGAACAGCUGCGCUUCGUUUGACCAGUGCACUGCCGUCGGAUGGGGGUUUCUCCCCGGCGACACGGGCAAGGAGCACCGCUGCUACAUGAAGACCGACCUCAAGACCGGCCAUGCGGCAACAACCGAUUGGUGUUUUGCCAUGCUACAAUAA